AUGGAAACCGUGAACAGUGUUCACGAUCAAGAAAAGAUUUCACCAAAAGAAUCAAUACAAAAUAUAUCUCAAAAAUCUAUUGGGAAUUCAGCUGAAGCUAGAGAAAAUAUUGAAAUCGUUAAUAGUAAGCCUUCAAAUUCUGCACCUGCUGAGCUUGCUCAUUUGUUAUGUCAGGCUAGCAAAGCGAGAAAAAAAUCUGUUAAAGCUAAGCAGGAAGAAAUUUUAUCUUGGGGUCGCUAUUCUGAAGCCAUACCUCAUAGGAUUUCUGAUGAGUAUUUACGCAAAAUAACAACAAUUCAGAAGAUAAUUGAAGAAGUCUCACGAAAUGAGGAUGCCAUUGCAUCUGAAUCUUUACCAGAAACCGAGAUCAAGAUAAAUAUAUCUACUAAAUCUCACGUUUCCGAUUCAUAUAAAGCUGAGAUGAGUGCAUUAGUAUCCCCAUUAUAUGAGAAUAAAACUCAACCGUCAAUUUCGAUCUUAUUUAAAGAUCCAAAAGAGAAACGAAAACAUAUAAUUAAAACGGUAUUGGAGAAGGAAAAUUUAGAAGAUGAGUGGGGCAGUGGCGAUUAUGUCAAUACAAGCACUUAUCGCCUCAGAUGCUAG